CGAUCAUUCUGCCUGACGAACUGGCUAACUCCGUUCCUCUUCCACGCCCAACGACCACUUUAUAGGUAUUCACGGUGACCGUGCUACAUCUUGUGCCUUAGUUCGAAGUUUAAUCAUUUGUCUACUGCACCAGGCUUCAUUCAACUUGGUCUUACGACCACCCUUCUCGGCCGAGCGAUCGAACGUCAGUUGACCACCACACCAAGCCAACCAUCUUCCGACCACAGCGGUUGCUGCCUCCUACCUCUGCUGAACGACAUCCUCUGCCUUCGGAACCAGGGUGCACAACGAAUUGAGACCUGGAUUUGAUAGAAAACAUAGAGUCAAGAGCAGCGUCAAGAGCAGGUUCCCUACCAGAUCUCUUGAUCUUUCCUACCGAGAGACGACUGCGCCUUCAGGCUUAGGCGGGGAACUUCCAGUCUCCCGCUAUCGACAGCCUGAGAGCCAGAACGUCGACACGGCAGGAUGGGUCUUGCAUACAAUGUCUACCUGAACUCCGCUAAAAUCUUUGGUUGUAAGCAUUGUAAAACGCACUUGGCCGAUUUUGACGACAUCAUCUCGCGUAACUUUCGAGGUCAACAUGGCAAAGCAUUUCUCUUUUCAACCGUCGUCAACAUUAAACAGGCAGAAGCGAUGGAGAGAAAUAUGACCACGGGCAGGCACAUUGUGAGGGACAUCAAGUGCAAGCAGUGCGAUGAGACGGUUGGCUGGAAGUAUGACAAAGCAUAUGAGGCCAGCGAGAAGUACAAGGAAGGCAAGUUCAUCUUGGAAUCGGAGUUGCUGUGUACGGUGACAUAGCAAAGUUCUGCUGCAAGACACUUUCAAGCAUUCCUUGUCGCGAGCGGGUUUUGGUAUGGUUUCGAGGAUAUGGGAACUGGGAAUUGGACGAAUGGGCAUUGUUUUGGAGAUAUCGUGAAUGACAUCUCAUAGAUAUUCAUGGCAGUCUUAUUGAAGCCGGGGGCCCGCCUUGCGUCCCACCACCAAAUCGUCCUUCGAGCUCAUGGUACAGUUUCUACUGAGAUCUCGGGUAGAUCAAGAACUGGAGCAGCCUCGAUAAUGGCAUAGCCACCGACAUCUGCCUUCCAGAUAUAGACUACCUCCAAACCUGCAGCUGUCAGAAUGUCUUGCCAUUGCCUCUCGUCUCUCUCCAUGCCACAAAACG